AUGACUGAAUUAGAGACCUGCAUGAAGUCCCUGAUUGACAUUUUCCAUCGUUAUGCUGAUUCAGACUCUGAUGGGACAUCUUUAACCAAGAAAGAGCUGAAAAAAUUAUGUGACAAAGAGUUGCCCAGCUUCAUGAAAGCCCAGAAGAACCCUGAAAUAGUGGAUCGCAUCUUGAAGGAUCUGGACAACAAUAAAGAUGAAAAGUUGAACUUUGAAGAAUUCCUUCCCUUCAUCUGCAGCCUCAUGGUGGCUGCUGAUGAAUUCUGCCUGAGCCGUGGGAAGAAGGGAAAAAAGUGAUCUGGAACUUUUUGUUAGGGAAGAAUAAUGUAAUGCAUAUAUAUGCAUUUCUUAUUUUAAAAUAAACUGUCUUUUUCCAACA